AUGUCAGAGCAAGAUUUACCGUCGGAAUUGUUGGAAAGCUAUGGGCAAUUGAGUCUCACUCAAUUGUCCAGAAGCUCUCCCUCACGAUUACUGUCGUUUCCCUACAAGCGGCCUCCGGCUUCUCAGCUGUCUACCAGAAAUGGUAGUAACGGUAACGGAAAGUCCUCGAAUCUUUCGCAUGUGCCUUGCAAAUUUUUCAAACAAGGAACCUGCACUGCAGGCGCCAACUGCAUCUUUUCGCAUAACCAAGACCCCACGUUGGAAACGGCGGUAUGCAAGUAUUUUCUCAAAGGGAACUGUAAAUUUGGGAGCAAGUGUGCGUUGCUACAUACCAUGUCGCCGGAUGGUCGCAAGAUGAUUCAAAAUCGGUCCUAUUCAUCCCACCAGCCAAUCUCACCCGGUACACCAACUGCUAGCUAUUCUUUCAGGAACACCAGUGAAUCUUCCGCACGAAGUUUUAGUCAUCUUAGCGCCGCCAUUCAUUACCGACAACAACAACAACAACAACAACAGCAGCAGCAGCAGCAGCAGCAGCAGCAGCAACAUCAACAUCAACAUCAGCAGUAUGGGCAAAGUCCAUAUAGUAUGGCUACAUCGGCUCCAUCGUUAAUGGAGGAUCUCUGGCGGCCCAAAGCGCAAAUGAUGGCAUCGAUGCAAGGGAACCUGCUUUCGGACGAUUUCAUUGGUUUAAGAUCAUCGCCGCGUGAAUCAUCAAAUCUAUCCUCAUCGUUUGGUGGAUUGGGAUCACCAGGCUUAUACUCAUCGACCACACCGACGAACACGGCAGGAUUGCUUUCUCCACCCGUACCGCCUAUGCGCAAUUUACAUAGUAUCCCAGAGUCACAUGGAUACUUGGAUGAUGGGUAUGACCUCAACGAUGCUAUGCUUCCAUCCUCGCUCAAUGAUUUGUUUACACCGACCGAAUUGCAAUUACGUAAAGCUAGAGAGCAACAACAACAGCUCUCGUCUUCGUUGCUCAACUUUAGCUCCAGUACUAACCGUGAACGAACCAUGUCAGACUCAUUGUCAGGAUAUCGGUUGCCACCGUCGACCGAUGCAGCUCAUUCUCCGUUUGACCUGUUACCGCAGCAACCGUCCUCGUGGAAGGUACCUUUUUACCGAGGUCGUGAUGGUGACGAAGAUAACAGUAUAGGAUCGAAUGGCAUCACUAUUCCUGGAGGUAUCAGUGGAUCCGGAAGUUACAGUCACACCAGCGUUUUUGAAAAUUGGGAGUCGCCCGAUCCUUUAACUCCAUUCAAUGCCGCAGAUGACGAAGUUCAGUUCUACAUGGAAGAUGCGGGUUAUAUAGCGGAAGAAGAACAAGCCGAUCGCAAACUGAUAAAGAACAAUAGCAGUAUGGAUUCGUCGCGCCUGGGCUCUCUCGGACUUCCCUCCCUUGUUGGUAUCUCAAAAUCAUAA